ACGCCGCGCGCCCCGUUGCCAGGGAGACCGGGAGCCCGCGGGGCCAAGCGGGCGCGAUGGCGGCGAGGAGGCGUCCGCCGCCCGAAGCUCGGCCGCCCGUCCGCAGCUCGGUGCUGUACAGUCUCAGGAAGGAAGGCACCAGAAACCCACCCACCAUGGAGAGUGCCUACAUGAGAGAGGUCCAGCGCAGAAUGGACAGCAACCACAAGAGUCGACUGCGCCUGAGGGAGCGCGAACGCAUGCAAGCGGAGGAGCCGCGGGAGCAGCGAGCGGCGGGGGGGCUGCCGGGGUCACUCACCCCCACUGGACGGAACCACGACGGACCCUGGGCCAGCGGGACCACCACCGGAUACAAGGUAGACGUGACGGACACAGAGGGCAGCGGUCAGCUCCCUACACGACAACUGGAGCUUCAGCGGUCACCCCCCUACGCCAGGGCUCCGGUCACUGGGAGAGGUGGCAAGCUGCCGUCCAUCGCCAGUGCUACAGGCAAGCGGCAGAAAGUCCCAGAGCUGUCAGACACCCCUGACACCAGGAGCAGCCCGGCCACAGGCUCCGACCGCCGGCCAAGUUUCCAGGUGCCGGUGCUGCCGCUGAAGACCCCGAGCGGCCCCCCGACCCCGGUCCCGGCUACAUCCCCGACCCCGGGCGGCCUGUGCUGCGGGGAGUGGCCGCUGCCGUGGGGAGAGGAGGAGGAUGAGGAGAGGGAGAGGGAGAGGGAGCGGGGUCUGUGCCGCCAGCAGACCGGACACAUCCUCCGGCGGCUGCGGAGGGAGAGGCUGCGGGGAUCAGCCAUGGCCGGAGCGAUGGCCGGAGCCAGCCCCAGCCCCCCCGCUGCCGGACACCUCCCCUUCAGCCACCGCCCCCGGCCCUGGUCCGGCCGGGAGGUGGACGUGGCCCCGGUCCCGGCCCCGGUCCAUGUCCCCGCUCCGGCCACUUCCAGCCGCGGCACCCAGACCCCGGAGACCGGGCACCUGGUCACUCUGCUGACCCCUGGCCCGCACCGUCUGCGGCCACUCACCGACCCACGCCCGGCUGGGGGGGCCUCCGCCGGGACUGGCGCCGGGGGUUUCCUCCGGCCACCGCUCUCCCUCACCGUCCUCACCGUCUCCCAGCUGAGCGGCCCCGAGCCCGGGGAGAGAGGGCAGGAGCAGCCGCAGGGCGGGCAGAAGCCCCCGGCUGACCCAGAGGUGCUGAGGAAACUGCAGGAGAGCCUGCUGGAGGAGGAGGAUGAUGAGGAGGGCGAUGUUUGCCGCAUCUGCCUGGUGGUGGGCGGCUGCCCCCUCAACCCACUGCUGGAGCCCUGCAGGUGUGUGGGCAGCCUGCAGUUCGUGCACCACGACUGCCUCAAGAAGUGGCUGCAGGCCAAGGUCAUGUCAGGGGCCUCUCUUGCUGCCGUCACCACCUGUGAGCUCUGCAAACACAACCUCAAGCUGGACUUUGACAACUUUGACGUUCACGAGUUUCACCGCAAGCAGGCCGCCUCCCAGGUAGAGGAGCAGAUGAGUAACUCCAGCCUGUACAUGGCCGUUCUCCUUCACCUCUACGAGCAGCGCUUCACUGAGCUCAUGCGGCUGCUGGGCGGCAGCAGCACUGGCUUCCAGUUUCCCAGAGCCGACUCACAGACCGGAGAAGACGCCAGCGACACUCAAAAUAGCGACUCGGAGGAGGAGGAGGCGCAGGAGGAGGAGGAGGAGGGUGGUGAGCUGCGGACCCACCGUACCCUCUCUCACCGGGGCAGGCUGCUGACGUUUCAGUCCAGGGACACGUAAUGGAGGAGGCCGGCCUGCUAGAGUACUGUAUGGACCAUGCGCUAUGCAAUCCACUGUUUUCUUUUGAUAAAGUGCCUCGCAGGAGGUGUGGAACCUU